UUGGACAGGACGACGACGGUGGUCAGCUCGGACCAGGAGGAGCAGACCACGGUAACUAGGAGAGUGCACACCACGAGUGGCUCAGAAAUGGAGGCGGAGGAGACGCGCUCGGCGUUCUUCGCUGGAGGGACGACGGCGAGUUUCAAGCCGUUCCGGAAGAGACCGCUCAGGAGAGAGUCAGAAGGGAGCUCCUCUGGUGGCAGUGCCAAAUCCUCCCUCGUAAAAAGAGGGAGAGGCGAGGACGGCGAUAGUGAUCGUGCCAGGGAUGAGGAAACGGCGGCGAUGACGCCGAGGCGAGUCGAAGCCGCAAUAUCGUCAGUAAAGACGUUGCCGGCCUCAUCCCUAGCGAAAGAAAUGGAGAGGGCCCUGGGGGUUAUUGUGGAAGUGGCCACAAACUCCACGAAUUUGAAAGGAGGCUGGGUCCGGGCGCUGAAGACGUCGGCGGCGUUGUUGGGAGAAGCUAAAGACGUCCUCCUGCAGCGGACCAGCGGAAAAGAAACGGAAAUCCUCCAAGCCCGGCUCGAGGAGGAGAAGCGCAAGAACGCGCUCCUCCAACAAGAGCUGGGGAUGUUGAGGGACGGACAGGCCCGUCUACAGGCGGACCUGGACAACCCCAAGGGCAACGAGGACGGACCGAACGGAGGAAGAAUUUCGCGGGUCCCUGAUGCGGGAAAUCGGGGCCAUGAUGGACGCGAAACUCCAGGGCAUAGAGGGGCGCCUGAUGCCUGA